AUUUUUAGUUUCAUCUAAAGCAGACUAAAUUUGAAGUACGAAAUUUCUUGUUAAAAUAGUAAAAAAUAAUUUUGUCGCAUUUUUUUUUUGCAAUUUUUUAUAUAACUCGCUGUCAAGAUGAUGCUAUCAACCUAUCAGCAUGACUAUGUGCCACCCAAUGCCAAGCGGUACGAGUUCCUCACCCGUUCAAAGGGCUUCGAGGGACACGAGGGUCCACAGGUUAUCGAGUGCGAGUGCGUCGACGAGUCCAAGAUCAAGAUGCCGCCGAAUGCGUCCAAAGACUGUGCCGGCGUUGAGUGGACAGGCAUAGCUCCAAUGGGCAAGCUGGUAGAUCCUCGACUCAUACCCACGCAGCUAACCCAGGACCAAGUGGACAAGAUGGCCUUUUCGGCGGAGACCGAUUGCUUCAAGCUGCAGCCGAAUCGCUUCCUUAAAAUCUUGCGCACCGUCUACCCAGACCUGUACGAGCGCCUGAAGGUUCUGCCCAAGGAGGAGCUGAGUCGCAGAUUGGAGACCAACCGCAUGUUCACCACCUAUCAGAUCGACUAUUGUGCCAUGAACGAGUAUCCAGAGGGCAUAUACGAAAGCCUGAAGACCGAGGACGAGUCUAAGAAUGCGAACAAGCUGAUGAGUGAACGCAGGCCCUGCAAUGAGUUCCGCUCGAACGUAAUGAACGAAUUGGAGCGCGAAGCGUCUACUGGCUACGAGGUAUCCAGCGACGACUGCCAGAAGACGUACAAGCCGUUCAAGACCAGCUUCUCAGACUCCUCGCAGUCCAUUGAAUCCGGCAGCAAUUCGCAUUGGAACUCGGCUCCAACCACGUACCGAAAGGUGCCGACCUUCAGCGAAUACAUGGACUCGAUAAGUCGGAAUGGUUGCGUCAUUAUGCGCAACAGGCUGCACGAUCACUCGAAAUGCUUGGCCAAGUACUGCAAGCAUGAGCUUAAGUUCACGUGCAAUGACAUGAAGUGAUCGCCUGAAGUGUUGUGCAUCUCAUUUCCAUUAAAUGUGUAAUACAAACCAAUUAACCCGA